AUGGCAGAUGGCACACGCGUUAAGGAGCUGCAGGAUUCACAUAAGAAAUUGGAGCAGCAGCUGAUUGCUGAAUCCAAAAGCAGAUCAGCAUUAGAAAAUCAAAUCAAUGAGCAAUUCAAGGUUUUGGAUCAGAAAAUUGACACAAAAUAUGAUCAGUUAGCAAAAUCCAUGGGGGAGCUUAAAUCGCUCAUGAUGGGGUUUAACAACAACAAGGAACCUAUGGGAUCAUCUCUGUUGGGACCAUCCCCAUUCACAUCCAGGAAAGAGGCUGUGCACAAUUUUGAGGGCAAGGCACUGAGUUGGAUACAAAAUAUUGGCUGUGAAAAUUUGUUUAACAUUGGUUGGCAGCAGUUCAUGGAGGAAAUAGCUCUUAAAUUUGAUGAUUUGAAUGAAGGAAAAAUGGUUAUAGAGUUCAAAAAUCUCAAACAAUCAGGCAGCUAUGAUGAGUAUGUGGAGAAGUUUGAAGAACUUAGGGCCUGUUUGUUACUCAGCAAUAGCAUGAAUUAUUCCGAGGAAUAUUUUGUGGCAAGUUUCAUCAGUGGUCUUUCUGAGGAGAUGCAGGGAUUUAUGUUAUUAUUUAAGCCUAAGACACUGCAUGAGGCUGUUGAGACAGGGAAGCAGCAGCUACUUACCUUGGAGGCCCUGUCUAAGAGGGUUAGGCCACCUUCCAAACCCUUUUCAGGUCAGAGUAACAACUAUAAAAGGCCUGAUGAUGCCCUGCUGCAUAAGUCAAAUACUCCCAGCAAUCCCAAAACCUCUAUCGAACUUCUGACUAGUGCUGAAAUGGCUGCCAGAAAAGAGAAGGGAUUGUGUUACAAUUGUGAUGAGAAAUAUGUGUUUGGUCAUAAAUGCAAGCACAAGGUCUUGUAUAUGACUAUGGAUGAUGAGCAAGAGCUGGCUCAUCUCCAACAGACAGAUGAGGAAGUAGAGUUAACUUAUGAGAAUGAUGGGCAACUGGAUGAGGUCCACAUGACAAUGGAGUCACUGUUGGGUCAUCAUAACUCUACUACAAUGAGGGUUAUAGCAAAAGAGUUAAAUGUUCCUCUUGAGAAAGAUAAACCAAUCUUGGUCAAGGGUGCUACUGGACAUAAAUUGAUAAGUCACUGGAGGGCUCAUGACUUUACAUGGACAAUUCAAGGCCAUAAGUUCACAUUCUCACCCAGAAUAUUGAAAAAUGAGGGGUAUGACAUGAUCUUAGGGAGUGACUGGUUGAAAUAUUCCACCCCUAUUAGCUUGGACUAUGAGAAUAUGACUUUUACUGUUUAUACUGGGGGAAAAAAGGUCAAGCUGAGAGCAAUUACUAACCAAACACAAUUUCAAAUGCUUUCUGUUCAUAACUUAUUUCACCUAAUACACCACAACUUAGGUGAAGUGGCAGAGAUGUACCUGAUUCAGCACCAAACCAGUGAGCUCACGACCCCAGAUAGUUCAGCUAUCUCUGAGUUGUUGGAGGAGUACAAGGAUGUGUUUGAGGAGCCUCAGGGUUUGCCACCUAUCAGAGGAACCGAGCAUCAGAUUGUGCUUAAGGCUGGGAGUGAGCCUAAACACCAAUAUCCUUACAGAACCACACACAAGAACAAGGAUGAAAUAGAAAAAAUUGUGAAAGAAUUGUUAGAGGCAGGCAUAAUUCAGUACAGCAGGAGCCCAUUUGCAUCUCCAGCUAUUCUAGUUAAAAAGAAGGAUGGCUCGUGGCGCAUGUGCAUAGAUUACAGGUAUCUAAACUCCUUCACAGUCAAGCAUGACUAUCCUAUUCCCUUAAUUGAUGAACUACUGGAUGAGCUACAUGGUGCAUGUUAUUUUUCAAAAUUGGAUUUGAGGUCAGGGUAUUUCCAAAUACUUAUGAAAGAAGAAGACAGGUAUCUAACUGCUUUCAGAACUCACCAUAGGCACUUUGAGUUCUUGGUGAUGCCCUUUGGGGUCUGCAAUGCUCCUGCUACCUUGCAAUCUUUGAUGAAUCAGGUCUUCCAACAAUAUCUGAGGAACAGUGUGUUAGUAUUUUUUGAUGAUAUCUUGGUUUAUAGUAAAAGCUGGAAUGAUCAUUUGGUCCAUUUGAGAGCAGUAUUAGAGGGAAGGAGGCUACUGAUCCUCAAAAGGUAUCCUGAAUGGCCUACUCCUAAGAAUGUUAAGCAGUUGAGAGGCUUCUUAGGGUUAACGGGUUAUUCUAGGAAGUUUGUCAGGAAUUAUGGGCUGAUCAGCCGACCCCUCACUAAGUUAUUAAAGAAAGACAAUUUCAAGUGGGGUGAAGAGACCAAUAAAGCUUUUGAAGAACUUAAAAUUGCUAUGGUGUCUGCUCCAGUUUUGGCAUUACCCGAUUUUACCCAACCUUUCAUUCUAGAGACUGAUGCUAGUGGAAUUGGGGUGGGAGCUGUAUUAAUGCAGGGCAAUAAACCUAUAGCAUUUCUGAGUAAAGCCCUCUGUCCUAAGAAUCAACUCUUAUCAGUUUAUGAAAGGACUGAUCAACAGGCUCUUAAGCAUUUUUUGGACCAGAAAAUUAUGAAUCCUGUACAACAGAAGUGGAUAACAAAGCUGUUAGGGUUGGAUUAUGAAAUUCAGUACAAAAAGGGGGUUGAGAACAAGGCAGCCUAUGCCCUAUCUAGAUACCCUCUAGUUGAUGUGGAAUGUCAGUCCCUUACUACAGUUACACCAUUGUGGAUGCAAAGGGUGCUACUUUAUAAGCCUAUUGACCCAGCUUCUUAUGCUGAGUACACUGUGGUCUCAGGAAUUAUACAAUACAAGGGAAGAGUGGUUGUGGGUUCUGGUGAUGGUUUAAGGCAGACUAUUCUGGCAGAGGUACACAAUACACCGUUUGGGGGGCAUUCUGGAGUCUGGGGUACUUAUGUCAGACUCAAGUCCUUUUUCUUCUGGCCGCACAUGAAGAAAGAUGUGGAAGAGCUGGUGCAACAGUGUGAUAUUUGUCAAAGAAAUAAGUCUGAGCAUGUUCCCUACCCAGGGUUAUUACAGCCACUCCCUAUACCAGACAAAUAUUGGACUCAUAUUACCAUGGACUUUAUCGAGGGUCUUCCUAAGUCUUUGGGAAAGGAUGUUAUCAUGGUGCUAAUUGACAGACUCAGCAAAUAUGCACAUUUUCUGGCCUUAUCUCAUCCUUUUACUGCUCAAACCGUGGCCAAGCUAUUCUUGGAUAAUAAUCUUGCCGAGUUCAACAAGAUUAAUGAAAUCUUGGAACGCCAUGGAUGGACGAAGUUCAUUCAAUGCUCAACGGAGUUUCUUCUCGACAAGUCGACCAUCAGAGAAUUCUAUGACAACAUCAAGAUUGAUGAGUCAACUGGUGAUCUCAGAAUAGAAAUCACUGUUUUCACCGAUGAGAACUUCUCAGGUUCCACGAAGGUCUCCAUCAACAUCUCACAAGCUGCAAGGGAAGUGUUCAACCUCCCAACUGAUGGACCCGCACCAUUCUUCACCGGUGACGAAGCCACAAAUCUCAUGAGAGAUGCGCUGAUGAGUAAUGCUCCUGCCGACCUCAACAUCACAAAUAUUUUGAGCAUAUCAAGAAUACAUCCUCAUCUCAGACCAAUCGCCAAAAUGAUCAAGAAAUGCUGGUUUGGCACUCUUGGAUCUCCUGGUCAUCUCUCGAGACCACACAAACUGUCUUCCAAAGCGGAUCCUGAAGAAGCUACACAAAAAGCUUCAGAAGAAGUGCGGAUUCCAAGCACUGAAACAUCUCAGCAACAGUCUCCCACUGCUCCUCCACAAGAUGAAGGAAAUCUACAGCCGAAUGAGACACGAGCAACUGACAACAGAGGAACUGAUACAGAAGAACCUCCUCUCAGAGGAUUCUUCCACUUCUGCCUAGAAGGAUUCAACAAGAAAGCGAAGUUUAAUAAGCCUGCUGACAUCAAUGCUGCAUCCUCAUCCUCUAACAAUCAAACUGCUAUUCUCAUAGACUUUGUGAUACAACUGGCCCAACAUUGUGUCACAACCACCUUUCCCUCAAUCAUUGCAACCCUGAAUCCCGUUGAGUUCCAGGAUCUUGUCGACUACUUCUUCUUCAUCUUUGUCAAAACCUUGCCCAAAUCUCAAUACAAGGAGAUUGAUGAAGUUCUCACUGAAGAGGAACUGGAAGCCUUAGAGAACAGCGUCUUUGAAAAAUUCAAAGAAGAUGAUGCUGAGGACACUGAAGUCCACCGUGAGUCUCCACCGCGUCAGACUGCUCCCGCCGAUGCAAGAGGUGAAGAAACAGCUGCUGAAGAUCAAACACCUGCAAGACCUCUCAACGAUGAGGAAACUCAAAUGCUUUAUUAA